AUGGGCGAGAGUUCCCCCCCUCCGGCUGGCCGGCGCCGGACCCGGCUCGUCUCCUCGCUGGUGCUGGGGCAGCGCGCCUGCGAGGUCGCCCUGGACCCGGAGAGAGGCGCCUUGGAGUGGACGGAGCAGCCGCAGCCGCGCGGGGGGAGAGAGAGCUAUGCUGUGCCCAUAUCUGAGAUUAUUGCUGUCGAGGAAACAGAAAUCGAUAAGAAACAAUCUAAUAGUGGGAAAUGGCAGAAAAUGGCAAAGCCGCAUGCAUUCACAGUGCACUACGCGAAGAGAGUACAUAAUCACCGCUGGCGGUGCAAAGACGUGACCUUCUGGUGCAUUAAUGAGCAACUUUGUAAUCAGUGGAUGCAUGCGCUCAGAGAAUUACUUGAUUUGCAGACCUCUAGACCAAAGCACUUGCUUGUAUAUAUUAAUCCGUACGGUGGGAAAAAACAAGGAGAGAAGAUCUAUGAACAGACGGUAGCUCCAUUGUUUAGCCUAGCCUCCAUUUCAACAGAUGUUAUAGUCACUGAACGCGCUAAUCAUGCAAGGGAUAACUUACUUGAAGUUAAUCUAGAGAAAUACGAUGGUGUUGUUUGUGUUGGUGGGGACGGCAUGUUCAAUGAAGUGAUGCAUGGUUUGAUUGGAAGGACGCAGAAGGAUUCUGGCAUAGAUCAGAAUAACCCCAAAGCACCAUUAGUCCAAUGCAAUAUCAGGAUUGGCAUAAUCCCAGCUGGUUCAACGGACUGCAUUUGCUAUUCAACGGUUGGCAUCAACGAUCCAGUAACUUCAGCCUUGCAUAUCAUUGUGGGAGACACUCAGCCCCUUGAUGUCUCUUCAGUGCAUCACCACAACACGUUACUGAAAUAUUUUGUCUCCCUCUUGGGGUACGGUUUUUACGGCGAUAUAUUAAAAGACAGCGAGGGGAAACGCUGGAUGGGACCCGUCAGAUACGACCUAUCAGGUUUCAAGACCUUUCUCUCUCAUCAUUACUACGAGGGAACAAUAUCCCUUCUACCAGCAUCACACGCCGUGGGGUCUCCGAGAGAUAAGAAGCACUGCAGAAGUGGGUGCCGCGUUUGCAAGCAAAGUAAACAACAGCUGGAGAUAGACCAGAAGAAGAAUGGGGGAGAGAUUAAAGGGGAUGACGAAGGAGAAUGGAAAGUCAUCCGGGGAAAGUUUCUGGCCAUCAACACCGCAAAUAUAAGUUGUGCCUGCCCACGGAGCCCGAAAGGCCUUUCACCAGCUGCUCACUUGGCAGACGGCUCUGCAGACCUCAUUCUGGUUCGCAAAUGCUCCCGAUUCAAUUUCCUAAGGUACCUCAUCAGGCAUACGAACCGGGACGACCAGUUUGACUUCAGCUUUGUGGAGGUUUAUCGGAUCAAGAAGUUUCUGUUCACAUCGAAACAUUUAGAGGAUGGCGACUUCAACGCCGAGAAAAUGCAGAAGAAUCGCUUUGGCCAUUUCUGCAGAGACCACCCUGCUUGCUGCUGCAUUCCUCCCAGCAGCACCUGGAACUGCGACGGAGAGACAUUGGAUUGUUCAACCAUUGAAGUCAUGGUCCACUGCCAACUCAUGAAACUCUUUGCAAGAGGAGUAGAGAAGAACUCCCCACUCGAAGAAAUUCAGAGGCAGCGCUGCUGAGCAAGUUAACUGAAGCCCGUUCUCCAUAAAAGAAAACGAAAAUCAAGCAUCGGAAGGCAACCGCCUGGACAAACAAGCGCCUCAGGCAUGUCAAUAAACGUUUGAAAGCCGUAGACGGUUUUGUGGUAAAGAAUCAAUUUUGGUAAUAGGACCUCUCUGCGAAUGCCUUCGAAGAUUUUAGACUUAAUGCACGUCAGGCUACCGUCUUGUGAAGAAAGUGAGGCUGUGUACACAUCACCUCAAGCAGAGGCGCCAACUUGCGCCCAAGAUUGAGGGGGCCCGGUGUGCUUGCGACAUCAUGCGUGCAUGCGACAUCGCAUCGGCGGGAGGAGGCCGAGUGUGUAGCCCAACAGGGUGCAGCUUCAGUGACUGGCGGCUCCUCUGUUGUGGACAGGACGAGCCGGCCACUGAAGACGUGCCACUCUCGGCUCUGUGCUUGACCUUCUUCGCCUUCCCACAGAUAAUUUUUUGUGGGGUGAAGAAGCCUUGGCCCCGCAGAGUUGGCGCCAGGGACCUCAAACCAGCUCCCCUCGAUUUGAAAACACAAGCCAAGGUUAAGCUGAGGUGCGUCCACUUCCGACAGCUGUUGCGCACCUGCCGGCAGCUUCCUCGACUAGGGGUUUGAGGGGGCUGCGGGUGUGGGGACUCAACCCAGGAAAUGGGGCGCCCCAAACCCCUCUCUGGUCUGCACAGCAAAUGCAGAUGUGACAGCGGGGACAAAGGACCUCACUGCAUUUUAAGCCGCUAUGCGUACAUAGACUUGAGUAUUUGAUACAGAGUGGGGCGAGCGGAGCUUGUCGGAGGCCCCAGGGCGGGAGUCCUGCUAGAAUAAAGUUACUCGACUCAAACA